GAUACUGGGUCACUGGAAAUGCCAAAGAAGAUGAAAGCUAGCUACUGGACGAUUUGUCUUUUUCUGCUGGGAUCUGUCACUGAGUUAUUUGUUCUAGCCAGUCCUGAGGUGAACGAAAGCCAGCAACAACAUCCUCAAAAUGUGUACCAUGACAUCAGUGUUACCAGAAACAAGAUUGUGACUGCACAGUUUGAGUGCUAUCAGAAGAUCAUGAAGGACAACAAUCAAGACUUCAUACCAAGUAGAGCUGGCCCGGUGUGCAACAGGACCUGGGAUGGAUGGUUGUGUUGGGACGAUGCAGAGGCCGGCAUCACCUCCGAGCAACACUGCCCUGACUAUUUCCAGGACUUUGACCCUACAGAAAUGGUCAGCAAAAUAUGUACAGAAAGUGGGCAGUGGUUCUUGCAUCCUGCGAGUAACCGAACAUGGACAAAUUUCACCAGAUGUAAUUUGCACACCACUGAAGGACGAAGGACGGCAAUGAACUUGUUCUACUUAGCAUUAAUAGGUCAUGGGCUCUCUUUGACAUCUUUGUUCAUCUCACUAGGCAUAUUCUUCCAUUUCAAGAGUUUGAGCUGUCAGAGAAUUACCCUGCACAAAAAUCUUUUCUUUUCCUUUGUAUUAAACUCCAUCAUCACUACCAUAUGGUUAACAGCAGUGGCAAACAACCAGGAAUUAGUUCAGCAAAACCCAGUCAGCUGCAAAGUAUCACAAUUUAUCCAUCUUUACACCUUUGUAUGCAACUACUUCUGGAUGCUCUGUGAAGGGAUUUACUUGCACACUCUCAUUGUUGUGGCAGUGUUUGCUGAAAAACAGCAUUUAAUGUGGUACUACCUUCUUGGAUGGGGUUUCCCACUUAUACCCGCGACAAUACAUGCUGUAGCCAGAAGUUAUUACUACAAUGAUAAUUGUUGGAUCAGCUCAAAUACUUCUCUGCUAUACAUUAUUCAUGGACCCAUCUGUGCUGCACUACUGGUGAACUUGUUCUUUCUGCUGAACAUCGUACGAGUUCUCAUCACCAAACUGAAAGUAACACACCAAGCUGAGUCUAGUCUGUAUAUGAAAGCUGUCCGCGCAACCCUCAUUUUGGUUCCACUCCUGGGCAUACAGUAUGUUCUCCUCCCAUAUAAACCUGCAGGGCGCGUUUCCUCUGAAAUCUACGACUACAUCAUGCAUAUCUUAAUGCAUUAUCAGGGACUGUUGGUGGCCACAAUCUUCUGCUUUUUCAACGGAGAGGUACAAGCGGUUUUAAGGCGACACUGGAAUCAGUACCGCAUCCAGUUUGGAAGCACCAUCACACAGUCCGAUGCUCUGAGGUCAGCUUCGUACACGGCGUCCUCCAUCACAGAGGUCCAGGGCUGUUACAGCAUCGAUGGCCACACAGAACACUUGAAUGGCAAAAGCUGCAAUGACAUUGACUGCACCAUCUUCAAACCAGAGAAUCCCUUUGCCUGAUGCCACUGAACAUGGUAGUAUCUAUAUAUAUAUAUAUAUAUAUAUAUAUAUAUAUAUAUAUAUAUAUAUAUAUACUAUAUAACUUUUUAUUACAGCGACAGUUACAUGGCUGACUUGGACCUUUCUACAACAAAUGUUCAUAAUUCACUGCUCAUACUCUCUGAAGGGUGGAGAAAAGAUAAUUCUCCAAGAAUUUACACUGAAAAACAUUUUGCUACCUUCAUUUAAUGUUCAUUGGACAAAUACAAGCAUUAUUUGGCUGGUGUUUGUACCUCACAGUAUUGUAGUUUGCUUGACUGCUGUCUGCAGUGGAGUUUGUGUAAAUAUUAAGCUCUUAUACUUUAUGUAAUGCACUUCUUUGUCUUAUAAGAUUGUCCUUGUGAUAAAAAAAGAAAGAUAAAUCUAAUCCAAAUAAU